GUCUGCUGCCAUCCGCAACGCCCACAUGGACGACCUGGUCCUGCACAGCCAGGCUAUCGAGCUUGCGAGGGAUGUCUUGCAGAUGACGAUCGACGAGAAUGGCACCGACGAGGUGAUCAACGGGAAGAUGUUUGAGCUACAGACGGCGAUUCAGGAGUACAGCACCGCCGCCACCACAAUCAAGAAGUUGAUUGCUGAGCCUAAGAAGGCCGCGAGCAAGAAGGCUGCCGCCAAAAAGGGUGGCCGCAAGAAGUGA